AUGAAUCAUGAACCUGACUGUCUGCCAGCAUUCCCUCUCGACGAGCUUGCACCAUUGUCAUGUAAAGGCAGAGGUCCUGACUGGCAUAAUCCUGCGAAUAUUGGAACAAAUGACGUUGCCGGGAACUUCUCGAUCACUCUUGUCGAUGCUCUCGACACGUUCAUCGUUCUGAACGACCGUCCCGGCUUUGAAGCUGCUGUCCGGAACGUCAUCAAUUGGGUUUCAUUUGACGUCGACACCAAGCCACAGGUUUUCGAGACCACCAUUCGGGCUUUGGGCGGGUUGCUCUCCGGUCACUUAUUUGCUAAUCAGACAGGACAGCCUUUUCAUUUACCUUGGUACCGCGGCGAGCUGCUUGCUAUGGCCCACGACCUGGGUCAUAGGCUUUUGCCUGCGUUCGCAACUCCCACAGGCAUACCCUAUGCAAGACUAAAUCUUCGACAUGGUCUUAUAAAAGGAGAGUCUUUCGACACUUGUGCUGCCGGUGCAGGAUCUCUCAUACUCGAGUUUGGCACUUUGAGUCGCUUGACUGGCGAUGCACGUUUUGAGAAGGCAGCCUAUAAAGCAUUUUUCGCUCUAUGGAACCGUAAGUCAGAUAUUGGUCUCGUAGGGAACACGAUCAACAGUUGGACCGGGUCGUGGCUCCAUCCCGAAAUCUGUAGCAUUGGAGCAGGGAUAGAUUCCUUUUUUGAAUAUGCUCUCAAGUGGUAUAUCAUGAGUGGCGAGGUUGAAUUUCUCGAUGUUUGGCAGGAGGCCUAUGCCGCAGUUAUGCGGUACGUUCGAGCGCCGGACGGAUUUUCCUAUCGGAAUGUUAACCUGUAUACGGGUGAUGCAGCAUAUUCUACGUUUGAUUCGCUUUCGGCUUUCUGGCCUGGACUGCAAAUUCUCGCAGGCGACAUUGAAAACGCCAUUAAGUCGCACAUGACGUAUUGGAACAUAUGGAGAAAGCAUUCAGGUUUACCAGAAGUAUGGGAUAUGAACUUUCGACAGGCAACAUCAUUGCAAUAUCCACUGCGUCCAGAAUUCGUGGAAUCAACUUGGUACUUGUACAGGGCUACCCACGAUCCUUUUUACCUCGACGUGGGCGCACGAAUCCUGUUCGACAUCACUACACGAGCUAAGGUCGAUUGUGGCUUGGCGACGAUCAAAGAUUUGCGUACAAACGCACGCGAAGAUCGUAUGGAGUCUUUUGUGCUCUCUGAGACCCUGAAGUAUCUUUAUCUACUUUUUGACGAGGCCAAUCCGCUACACACCGACGAUUCAAAUUAUGUCUUGUCGACGGAGGGCCAUAUUCUCUGGCUGGAUCGAGAUCGGCUCAAACCUAUUUCUGCUGCACGUCGCAAGCUGCGGGGGGUCGAACAUCAUCAGUGUCCAGAGUACCAGCCCCCUUUGAUCGCCUUCGAUGAUUGGACGGGGGAAAGUGGCUUGUCCGUUGGGAUACGCGCUAGGUCGGACGCAGACUACAUACGAGAACUUGUUGGUGUCCGCCCCUCAGAUCAAGACGCCACGGCCUGGUUUCCCGGUGGCUGGUGCGAGUUACCGAAAAUGAGCCUCUUCUCGUAUGAUUUCAUUUUGUCUCCGGGCGGACAGAAUGUUCCUGAGGAUAUAAACCCAACUUCCGAAAAGCUCGUGCACGUCUCAGAUGGAUACACAUUAUACAACGUGAGUGGUAUCAGGGCGCACAUUGUCAGCCGCCUUGAUGGCAAAGGAUACGAUGUCACAAAACUUGGACCCUACGCAGUGAAAACUGGCCAAUUAGUCUACGUCAGAGACCCGAACUUGAAUCUCGCCCCGCUGGACAUGAAAGACGCAUUCAAACGCGGCGGGAUUUCUCGCAAUCCGGAAGUUCGAUUGCGCUUCAACCUGGACUACGUCGACCCCUUGUUCCAAAUGCAGACCACCCUGCGCGAACCUGUGACAGAAUUCACCGUCACUGCGUCCACGGCAUUCUUCGGUGGCGAUCCGACAAUCUAUGAUCCUGACCCCAUUUCCGGCGUGUCUUCUCUACGCUUUGGACAUGGUGAAGGUGUACAGGUCCUCCGAGUACCUGAGAAUCCUUAUGGAUGUGUCCCAUAUACCCAACGCUUUGACGGUGAUGCGGUCAUCGUGAAGAGAGGUGAAUGCACUUUUCUGGAGAAGCUAGUGUUUGCUCGCGAAGCCGGUGCAUCGGGUGUAAUAGUCCUCAGCGACGAGGAGAUCUACAUCAACCCAACCGCGGACGCUCCCGAGCUGGCUGAAGUCGGUGAAAUCAUCAAGGACGUGGUCGUAGUUGUGUUGCGACGCUCCGGAGGGAAGGUGGUCUCCGAGAUGUUGGAUGCUGCCGAAAGGUUAAGAAUCGCCCGAAUUGUGGUUUCGGUUCAGCCAGAAGCCCAGCCCACGUUAGAUCAUGGAAAAGACUAUCAGGACACAUUGAAGGACAACCACCGCGUGCUCUAUCUUAACGGACAUCCAUUGCUAAACACAAGGUUGAUGGUAUAG